AUGGCGACCUCGGCCAGCGGCGUCUCCCUCCUCCUCGCCCAGCAGCCGCCCCCUGCAAACGGCACCAGCCUGUGGCGCGGCGUCGCCGCCGCGCGAGCUCGUCCUCCUGCUCGGUUCGCGGCCAGGGCUGCGCACGCGCUCGCCGCCAACGCCAAGAGGAGGUCGCUCCGGUCCGUUAUUAGCGUCAGGUGCGGCGGCGUCGGCGGUGCCGAGGCGCAGCGCUCCGACGACGUCGAGGCCGAGCCAGCGGUGCCGCGGUCGGUGCCGGUGCGCGUCGCCUACGAGCUGCAGCAGGCCGGCCACCGCUACCUCGACGUCAGAACGGAGGGCGAGUUCAGCGCUGGCCACCCGGAAGGAGCUGUCAACAUCCCAUACAUGAACAGAACCGGUUCAGGAAUGGCGAAAAACGCGCACUUUCUUGAGCAAGUGUCGAGGGUCUUCGGAAAGGACGACGAGAUCAUCGUUGGCUGCCAAAGUGGCAAGAGGUCUCUGAUGGCGGCGACUGAACUCUGCUCUGCUGGCUUUACUGCUGUCACCGACAUCGCCGGUGGAUUCUCGACUUGGAGGGAGAAUGAGCUGCCUACCACCAUCCAGUGA